UCUAAAUUUCCAAGUGAAUUGCUGCUUGGCUCGAGCUCUCGUUCCUUCUCUCCUCCGAGGAAUGAUGAGGUGAUUCGGAGCACCAACAAUGGGACCGAGCAGGUAUUGAUGCUUGCCACGCAGAACCUAAACUCCAAAGCAACCCUGGACCUUCAGAACGUGGAGGAGAAGUAACUCCAAAACGUGUCGCUGUUUCAAGGAUGUUCUUCCCAGAUGUGCCUCUCUCAGCCAUCAAUUACGCGCUCGUGUUGGGAAUAACGUGUCUGACGGUCUUCUGCAACUUCACCAAAAGUUCCUCUGAGUUUUCAGGUUACCUAUCCAAAGUGUUGAGGAACUACACCGAGCAGGCUUGUGACGGCGACUUCCUGUCGGUCCGCUGCCCGCCCCGCACCACCAUCACCGUCCAAUCGGCUUUCUACGGCAGGAAAGGCCCCUCCCACCCCCAGCAGUGCCCGUCCUACCCGAGAUACACCCUUGUAGGGACACACCCACUGGAGGAUGACACGUAUUGUUACAUGUCCACUGCACUACAGAAAAUGUUGGAUGAGUGCCAGGACAGGAGGAUCUGUCAGGUCCUUGUCACCAGUCGUCUCUUCGGGAUGGACCCGUGCCCCAGUAGCAGCAAAUACCUCAUUGUGUGGUACAAAUGCAUGCCUAAUGAGUAUAAGAGUACGGUGGUGUGUGAGGAGGAGAGGAUGAAGCUGAGCUGUAAACAGGGGAUGCAGAUCGCCGUCUACUCUGCCAUGUUUGGUCGAACCCAACAGGGGACCCUGGAGUGUCCUACCCACCACAGGGCACCCUCCGUAGACUGCCAGUCGGGCGUGGCUCUCCAAGUGCUGAUGCCCGUUGUCAGGGAAAACGAGCUGUUUGUCGCGUCCACACGAGAGUUCGGGACCCCUGUUACUCUGGCACCAGGAAAUACCUCAGUGUCAUCUACACCUGUGUGA